AUGGCCUCUGGAGAGAUAGCCAACUUGAGAAACAUCUUGAUUAUAUACAACAGGGAUGAUGGCAUCGAUUGGAAGGAUUACCUGAAAGCUGAAAUAGGAAAUUAUUUUACCGAAAAAAUAUCAAUCAAGUACGUGCAGGACAGGAGGGUACCUCCAACAUUAGUAGAACGGAAACCUUCCGGACCAGACAUUACAAAAAUUAAUCUCGCUCCCAUCAAGAGACCAGCAAUAAUGUUGGUCCUCUGCACUCCAAAGCAUCUUCAAUACUUAAAAGCCAAUCCGCUCAUCAGUUACAAACAAGCUCUUGCUGCCAACUUGACAUUUCAUCCUGAAAAUAGCAUUAUUUAUUUUUGCAACACUUUUCAAGAGGAGCUUGAAGAAACCGAUGCAGCUGGAGUAAGAUUAAGAGAUCGUUUUGAAGAGUUUUUCAAAUGGUAUCAAUUCGAUUGCAACGGUAAAACUAUUGAAUUGGCUAAGUUUAUGGAGUCGGUAUUUUUUAAAAUUACAAAGGAAAUUGCUUCAAAAAUUCACCCAAAAGCAAAGUUAAUCAAUACUACAGCCAAGUGUCAGGAACCAGCCACAAUGGCGGUGGUGUUUGAGAAGGCCCUACCAGAAAACGCCAUAGUUCAGACCUACCUGGACCUCCAUUCAAUCCCAACGGAAAUACUCAAUCCUUACACCAUAACAUUUCUCACUUGUGAGCACAUAGAGGGAGAGGCAAACGUUCUAAUCACUGUUAAUGGAAAUGAGGUGAACCUGGAUCAGCAGAUUAUUUCAUUUGUUUCGCCAGCCCAAGACAUCAACAUCGUGUCACAAAUUUACAUUACACUCAUGAACAAAGUCAUCGAAGUUGCCCUCACGAACGGAACAAGUCGAUCAAUGUUGGACUGCGAGCUUAUGAAGGUGUUUUCCAUUGAGUCAGACACCACUCCAGUCCAGGCUUUUGAAAUGCUAUUUGGUGUUUUUCAAGCAACAUCAGAUGAUACUAGUGACUAUCAAUUCCCUUCCUUGCUGCAUCUGGCAGCACAUCACGGCCUGAAAGAGUUUACAGGUCGUUUGAUGGAUUUGCCGGAUAAUAAAUUAGUUUUGGGGCUUCCAAAUAACAAAAACAAGAUACCGAUGGAUUUAGCCAGAGAACAGAACCACGAAGAGUUGGCUUCCUACCUCGAAAAUAUGGAGGAAACACAUUCAAACGCUUAUUUGAAAUACAAUUUACCGAUAUUCCAGGGACUUAAUGAUGUGUACAUGGAGAUUGUUAAAAAUUUCUACGUAAAUGGUAAAUUACAGGACACUAACAAAAAUAUGCCAGUAAGUAGCACACCUGGAUAUCUGUCAAUGAACAAGGCGGAUGCCAGUAAAGGUAAAUCUAAAAACAGAACAAGUUCUAGUAACCCGAGCAUAUCCAAAAUUUUGAACGACUGCUUAGAAAAAGGCUCGAAAAACGAGAACGAUUUGGUGCACACAAUCAACCAGUGUGACGAAUCCGUCAUCAGAAGUCAAGGACAUUUUAAAUGCUUCCAGGAGCGACAUGAAAUGUCGAAAAGGGUGAACUCUGAAGUAACAAAAGUUAUAAACAACAUCGAAGUGAGUGUUCAAAAAAAUUUAUUAGCUGGCUAUGUGAUAACUAUGGAUACAUCAAAUCGGUAA